AUGGACAAGUUCCGGAUGAUCUUCCAGUUCCUGCAGUCCAACCAGGAGUCCUUCAUGAACGGCGUCUGCGGCAUCAUGGCCCUGGCCAGCGCCCAGAUGUACUCGGCCUUCGACUUCAACUGCCCCUGCCUGCCCGGCUACAACGCGGCCUACAGCGCGGGCAUCCUGCUGGCACCCCCGCUCGUGCUCUUCCUGCUCGGCCUGGUCAUGAACAACAACGUGUCCAUGCUGGCCGAGGAGUGGAAGCGGCCGCCGGGCCGCCGGGCCAAGGACCCCGCCGUGCUGCGCUACAUGUUCUGCUCCAUGGCUCAGCGCGCGCUCAUUGCGCCCGUCGUCUGGGUGGCCGUCACACUGCUGGAUGGCAAGUGCUUUCUCUGCGCCUUCUGCACGGCCGUGCCCGUGACCGUGCUGGGCAAUGGCAGCCUGGCGCCCGGCCUGCCCGGCCCCGAGCUUGCCCGCCUGCUGGCCCGGGUGCCCUGCCCUGAGAUCUACGACGGCGACUGGCUGCUGGCCCGCGAGGUGGCCGUGCGCUACCUGCGCUGCAUCUCCCAGGCCCUGGGCUGGUCCUUCGUGCUGCUGACCACGCUGCUGGCGUUCCUGGUGCGCUCUGUGCGGCCCUGCUUCACCCAGGCCGCCUUCCUCAAGAGCAAGUACUGGUCCCACUACAUCGACAUCGAGCGCAAGCUCUUCGAUGAGACGUGCACGGAGCACGCCAAGGCCUUCGCCAAGGUCUGCAUCCAGCAGUUCUUCGAGGCCAUGAACCAUGACCUGGAGCUGGGCCACACGCACGGGGUGCUGGCCACAGCCCCCAGCACCUCGGCGGCCCCCACGCCCCCCGACGGCCCUGAGGAGGAGAGGGAGAAGCUGCGGGGCAUCACCGACCAGGGCACCAUGAACAGGCUGCUCGCCAGCUGGCACAAAUGCAAACCUCCCCUGCGUCUGGGCCACGAGGAGCCCCUGGUGGGCAACGGCUGGGCUGGCGGCGGGCCCCGGCCCCCACGAAGGGAGGUGGCCACCUACUUUAGCAAAGUGUGAGCCGUGGCCCACAGCCCCAUAGACCCCGCACCAGCCGCUGU